AACAAGAGAGGCCCCAAAUCUGAGGCAGACCACAGGCCCGCAGAUUGAGGAAGGUGAGUUUCGACUGGAAUCGUAAAACCCUACCCUGCCCUACCGGCGCAACUCCAUCCACCCCCCAUGGCUUCCACGGCGACCAAGAAGAGGAAGGUGGACCAAGAGGACGAGCUCCUCCUGCCUCCCGAUGCCCACCACCAGGCCGUUGUAUACACACCCGCCCCUCCCUCCGACGACGAGGACAGCAGCGACGAGGAAGAUGAUGUCAUGAAUCUCCUCGAACCGCUCUCCAGGGAACAGCUUAUCGGCCUGCUCCGCUCCGCCGCUGCCUCCGACCCAGCCACCCUCUCCGAGAUCCGCCGCGUCGCCGACAUCGACCCCGCCCACCGCAAGCUCUUCGUCCACGGCCUCGGCUGGGAAACCACUGGGGAGGGACUCCGCGCCGCCUUCGCCAGCUAUGGAGACAUUGAUGACUGCCGCGUUAUCUUCGACAAGGGCAACGGCCGAUCCAAGGGGUAUGGCUUCGUUCUCUUCCGCCACCGCAGCUCUGCUCGCCGUGCCCUCCGCCGCAGCCAAAAGCUCAUCGACAAUCGCAUGACCUCCUGUCAGCUCGCAUCCUCUGGCCCUGGCCCCUCCGCUCAUCACGGUCAUCAAAACAACGUGGUCGUGCAGCAACCUAAAAACCCUAAUCCUGGCCUUGGUGCUGGCCAUCAGGAUAACUUAUCUAGGAAAAUCUACGUAGGGAACGUUCACCCAGAUAUAGACGGUGGUCGCCUCCUCAGUUUCUUCUCCCAGUACGGUGAGAUUGAGGAGGGCCCGAUUGGUUUUGAUCGACACACUGGGAAGUCCAAAGGGUAUGCUCUCUUUGUCUACAAGACGGCAGAGGGUGCCAUAAGGGCCCUCGAGGAGCCAAGAAAAGAUUUUGAGGGCCACCCGCUUCAUUGCCAACAGGCCACUGAUAGCAAGAAUAAGGCGGCACCCAGCCAGAAUACUGCUGCUCCGCCAAAUGUGGCUUCCAGCACAGGAGUUCUCAAUGGAUCUGGUUAUGCAAGCACCCCAUCAGAUAUGGGGUUACAACAAGCUGCAAUUUGGGGGCAAGGGCUUCUUGGCAUGGCUGGUGCACAAGCCUUUGGCCAGGGGAUUCAGCCUAAUGCUGCAAUGCUUGCGCUACUUGCAGCAGCUGGGCAAAAUCCAGCAUCUUUUGGAAUCACACCUGCCAUGCUUGCUUCCUUGAACCCUGCAUUUGCAGCUGCAUUUGGUGCGUCUGGUAACCAGCUAUCUGUACCUUCUACAGCUGUUCCUCAGGUGACGCAGGUUCCAAACUAUGGAAUGGGAGGUACUUCAUAUCAAGGGCCUCCGGGAUUUCAAGGAUCUACAGGGUUUCAAGGAGCUACUGGUUUUCAAAAUUCACCAAGUCUCCAAGGCCCAUCAGGUUUUCAUGGGAUUCAACAAGUUGCUCAACAAGGUGGAAGUAGCAGUUCUUACCAGGGUGUUCCUAUGUCCAGACCACCAACUGGACCAAUGGGUGGAUAUGGUCCAAUUUAGUUUCAUUCUGAGAUUGCGGAUAUUCAUGUUCUUUAAAGAUCGCAUGGCUUUUCAAUGUCUGUUGGCGCUGGAUACCAAGAAAGUCUUCCAAUGCAAUGGUUGUUUGAAAUAUGGAACUACUUUUGAUUUAUCGCUGUUAUGAUGUAUGGAUUUUGGUGACUGCAUUUUUUUUUUGUUUUGUUAUAUCUCCUUGGCUUUGACCAUAUGCCCUCGCUGAUGGUAUUUGGAAUUUAACUUUUACUAUUUGGCUUUGUCAAUCUUCUAGAUGUUCCAUUUGGAGCUUGAAGAGAAACUUAUAAUUUCUCAGAGAUGUGAUGGAUGUAGAUAUGCUAUCUUUGCUGAUUUGUUUUGAUCA